AUGGAUCUUCAGCAAGAGAUCGAUGAGCGCCUCACGGAGCACAGCGAGCAUACCAAGGUCGUCGAGAAUAAGAAUGAUGAGUUAGAGAGGUGUCAGACCAAGCGAGCGUCGCAAGUCAGGGCGCUUGAUAUGAUCGAUACAGAGUUCUCGAAACUCGGCGACGACAUCGCAGCUGAUGAGAAGGCCGCCGGAGAAGAUCUCGCAGUACUCCCUCCCCCCACGAGGAAGUUUAACUUCCCCAUGCUGCAGACCCUGCCAGAAAUGUAUAGAGAACGCUUUAAGGAGAACAUCAGACUACAGAGGCAGAGGCACGAGGAGUUGAGUAUAAAGAAGGGCACGGCGAGCGAGAUUUUGCAGUCAGCGGAAGAAGAUUGUACUAUACGUGAAAAGGAAGUAGAGCAGGCUGAGAAUGAGAUGAAGGUGAUUGAGGAGGGGGUGAAGGCGGCGUAUAUGAAGAAGGAGUUUACGGCGAUGCAGGAAGACAUUUGA